AGAAAAGAGGCAUCAGAUGCAAGGAACAACCCAAAAGAUAAGAAGAAAUUAAAAAGUUAUCCUGAUUUUCGAAUUUUAGGUAGUUUUUUUUUAAAAAAAAAAAUCUUAAAUUGGUAGUUUAGAGACUGCUUAGCUUAAUUGGAUAGAGACAAAGGAGAUCAAAGGAAAGGCGUUACUCUUUUGGGAUGGAUGAGUAUUAAAUUAAAAGUAGAUUAAACUUUUCUUUUUACAAAGUAAAAUCAAGGGGAGGUUGGUGAAGAAGAAGAAGAGGACGAGGAAGGCGAAGCACAACAGGCGUGUAUAACGCUCAUUCCUCUUUUUAGGUUUUUUGGACCCAAAUUCACAAAAUCUCUCUCUCUCCAUUGCCCUUCAGAGUGUAUCAUCAGCUUCGGAAAUGGGAUCGUUCGGGAUGCUUUCGAGGAGAACAUUGGGCACAGAUGUCCCCGUCAUGACUCAGAUUCGGAAACUAAUGGCGGAGUUGACCAACCCCAUGUCUCUUGCUCAGGGAGUGGUGCAUUGGCAGCCUCCUCAAAAGGCCUUAGAUAAGGUCAAGGACAUUGUCUGGGAUCCUAUCGUUAGUUCUUAUGGACCCGACGAAGGUAUUCCCGAGCUUAGACACGCUCUUAAGAUCAAGCUGCGUGAAGAAAACAAGCUCACCAAAUCAGCUGUGAUGGUUACCGCUGGUGCCAAUCAGGCGUUUGUGAAUCUUGUUCUUGCACUAUGCGAUCCCGGUGAUUCUGUUGUCAUGUUUCAGCCCUACUACUUCAAUGCCUACAUGGCCUUCCAGAUGACAGGAGUCACCAACAUCAUCGUUGGUCCUGGCCAUCCAGAGACUCUCUAUCCCGACGCAGACUGGUUAGAGAGGACACUCUCUGAGUCUAAACCAACCCCAAAGGUUGUAACUAUUGUAAAUCCUGGUAACCCAAGCGGAUCCUAUGUCCCCGAGCCGCUUCUUAAGAGGAUUUCAGAGAUAUGCAAAGAUGCAGGGUGUUGGCUGAUUGUAGAUAACACAUACGAGUAUUUCAUGUAUGACGGUUUAAAACAUUGCUGCGUUGAGGGAGACCACAUAGUUAACGUCUUCUCCUUCUCUAAAACCUAUGGCAUGAUGGGUUGGAGGCUUGGAUAUAUAGCAUACUCAGAGAGACUAGAUGGGUUCGCGGCAGAGCUCUUGAAAAUUCAAGACAACAUACCAAUCUGCGCCUCAAUAAUAUCUCAGCGGCUGGCUGUAUACGCAUUAGAGGAAGGUGGUGGGUGGGUAAGAGAGCGGGUAAAGGGUCUGGUGAAGAACAGGGAGAUAGUGAAAGAGGCCCUAGAGCCGCUGGGGAAGGAGAACGUGAAGGGAGGAGAAGGAGCGAUUUACCUGUGGGCAAAACUGCCGGAGGAAUACAGAGAUGAUUUCAAGGUGGUGAGGUGGCUGGCUCACCGGCAUGGAGUGGUGGUGAUACCGGGGAGUGCAAGCGGGGGAGCAGGGCAUGUGAGGGUGUCGUUUGGAGGGUUGAAGGAGGAAGAAAUGAGAGCUGCUGCAGAGAGGCUGAGGAAAGGACUAGAGGAGCUGGUUCAGCGUGGAAUGGUGGAGUGAGUGAGCUGGCUUGUUUGUUCAUAAAAAAAGAGUUGUUACUUUACGUGUUAUUGAAGUUAUUAUAGCCUUUUCAUUAAUAAAGAGUGUUUCGAUUCAAUGUAUGAGCUGUUGUGAUUCAAAGUCAUUUUAUGUAUUGAAAAACUAAUUAAAUGAGGGGUGUUCCCUUUGGUGUAUAUAACACUUUCCCUUUGGUGUAUAUAACACUCUCUCUCUC